GAGAGAAACAGCAAAAAGCCCUGGCUCAGUUUUAGAGCCUGUUAACCUUGUCUACCAAAAUGACAGCUAGAGCUUUCUGGCUCCUCUGUUUGAUCAUUGGAUCAUCUCCGGAAUCCCCAGUGGCAGAGAGGAAAGCCUCGCCGCCCCACGGCAGAAACCCCGACCCCAGCGGCGGUCCGAGCGCGGAGGAGACACCGGGGCCACGGCCGCAGCCGGUACCCGAGGCCGCUCUUCCCGCCUGGUCGGACCCGAGGCGCCGGAAGCCUCCGCCACCCGCCGAGAACCGCGCUGGCUUCCGGGAGGCCCCGCGCGCGCCCGCCGGCCCGCCGAGCCCGCGCCUCCCGCAGGCCGAGAACCGCGCGUCUCCGCGCCGCGUGCCCGCGCUGGAGGACUCCCCGCGGCGCGCGCGCACCCGGGCCCUGCACCUCCCAGCCGCGCGCCCCCUUGGGCGCGCCGACGCCGACGCCCCCUCUAACCCCGCUCACCCCAACCGGCCGCGCGCCGCCGCGCCGCCUUCGGGACCGGCGCCGUCGCCUUCGCGAGUUGGCCCGUCUCGGCGGAACACGGAGCCGGGCGCCGAGUCCUGUGUGCACGCCUGCGGGGCGGACCUGGACGAGCGCGAGUCCUACUGCACGAGCGAAUUCGCAGUGAACGGAAUCGUGCAUGAUGUGGACGUGCUCGGCCCAGGGAUCCAGCUGGUGACUCUGCUGGUGGACCGGGACGGGUUGUACAAGAUGAACCGCCUGUACACCACUCCGGACGGGUUUUUCUUCCGAGUCCACAUCUUAGCCGUAGACUCCUCCAGUUGCAAUAAGACAUGUCCAGAAUUUAAACCUGGCAGCAGGUAUAUUGUGAUGGGCCACAUCUACCAUAAGAGACGGCAGCUCCCUGCAGCUCUGCUCCAGAUCCUCAGAGGGCGCUUCCGGCCAGGAGAUGGGUUGCUUCUAAGCAGCAGCAGCUAUGUGAAAAGGUUUAACCGAAAAAGGGAUGUGCAAGUUCAAAGUGCAGUUCACACCCAGUGUAUUUGAAUUUACCAGCCUGACAUUCCUGGUUCAUGAGACUUGGAAUUGAUCAACAAGCCAGGAAAGGUCUAGCUUCAUGUAAUGGGAUCUUCCUUUAGAAUAGAGCACACUGCUCCUUAUGUGAACUAGUUGCCUAGUUCCAACUUCCGCAGCGAAGCUGUCACCUUAUUUACAAAAUGCUUUUUCAAUGAUAUGCUUCCGGGUUCAGUGGCAAAGCUGUUCAACCAGUACCAGUUAUGCAUACAUAGCUACUGACCUGUCCCAUUAACAGAUCACUGCUUCAUGCUGGUUAUUUUUAAUUAUUUUAAUUUAAAUACAUUCUCAGUAGAAAGAGUUCACAAAAAAACAUUUCCUUGAUUUUAUAUACAACUUUGAAUAGUUUGUAUCAUGUAUCAAACCAAAUUUUAUACCUAAACCAUCACAUUUCAAGUUCUGUAUAUAACAGUAAGUGCACUAGUCAGACAUGUAUGAUGUCAGACAGACCAAACAGAUGGGUUGGAGCCGAACACAAGUUAUAAAGUUUUACACUUAAAGAAUACUAACAGGCUUCAUUCAAGCAAAAUAUUAUUCAAACAAGUGUUUCUGAUGUACCAAAGUGUCAGUUUAUUUUCAUGCCUCCCUGCUCCUAAAAACAUGUUUUGGGUGAACUGGCAGCUGUCCCAAUGCUACACAGAUUCUGGGUGUAUCUGAUGUCAUUUUUUUUGUUUUUAAUUAAGACUAAGUAUCACGUUAGUGUUUGUAAAGCAGUAAAUCUUGCUCUGAAAUCAGA